UGACCAAUGCAGAUCUCUGUCCCAUUUGCAGUUUCGUCAUCAGAUGGAAUAAAAUGUAAUUUAACGGGAUUUUGUCGACGUUGUGAGGCCGCAGUUUGAUUCUACAUGAAGUUGUGAAUCCGGUCUAAACUAAACCAUGCUGAAAUGGCUUUCCGGUGAAGAGGGAGAGCCUGGCCCUGGAGGCCCAGGCUCUCCCCAUGUUGCUGCUGCUGCUGGUGGUGGAGAGGCUGCUGCAGAAGAAAUGGCAGACCGACUCACCCAAACUGAGCUGCUUGUCACUCAGCUGAAGGAGAUGAUUCGGGAGAAGGAUGCAACACUUCGUGCCAAAGAUGACCAACUGAAGGUGGAGAAAGAGACAUGUGAGUCCAAAUUGUCAAAGCUGCGUCUGCAGAACAAAGCCAAGGUGACCUCCCUCACCGCACAGCUGGAGGAGCUGAAGAAACAACAGGGAGGUCAGGGCACGCCAACACACAGCAAAAAGGGGCCAUCAGAAGGAGGAGGGGAUCAAGCCAGUCGAGGCAAGAUUGUCUUACUAAAGAAGAAGGUUGAGGAACUAGAGCAGCAGCUUGCACAAAGACAAGAGGAACUGGAAAACAAGAGGAUGGAGGUCGAGUCACAGCGGCAGCGGGGUGAAGAAAUGGAUGCCAUGCUGACAGAGAGGGACAGGAAACUGGCAGAAAAAGAGGCAUAUAUUGUUCACCUGCAAACAGCACAAGCAGGAGAUCAGCCCGUCACAUCUGCACCACAACAAAAGGAAGCAGAGGACAGUGGAGCAAUGCAGGAUCUGCAGCUGCUGGUGCAGAGCCUAAACAAGAAGGUGGGAGAAGCAGAUGAGCGCAACAGUUUGCUGCAGGAGCAGACGGACAGCCUCAAAGAGCUGUUGGCCACAGAGAAGGAGCAGUACACUCAAAAGGAGAGCAUGUACAAACAGAAUAUCCAGACAUUCAAAGACAUUAUUAUUCAGAAAGAUAACCAACUGAUGGAGAUCAACCAGAUGCAUGAACAGGAGCUCUUCAAGCUAGCAGCAAAGUCUGAUGCCAGCGCAGACUUAGAGCAGCUUUUGAAGGCUCUAAAGCAGAAGCUUCAUGAGAAGGAGGAAGUGCUGCUGGGUAAAGCGCAGGUCAUUGACGUUCUGCAGGGAGAGGUAGAUGGCAGGGACCAACAGAUAAAGGAGCUAACAGAGCGGCUGCGUCGGCUGCAAGUAGAACGAGAGAGCCUGGAAUCCAAGAUGGAGGCAGAGAAGCAUGUGAUGCGGGCACAACUUCGCGACCUGAUGGAAAAGCAGCAAGCGGAGGUGCAGCGAAUGGCUGAGCAGCAUCAGGCACAGAUGGCCCAAAUGCAGCAGGAUCUCCUGGGGCAGCUGGAGGAGCUGAGGAAGGCCUCGGUAGCAGAACCAUCUCCCAGUCAGGAGGUCUCAGGAAGUGGAAUUAUACUUGCAGAUUCAGCCUACAUCCAACGGAUAGCUGAGCUGGAAGCUCAAGCAAAGCAAAAAACAGACGAGGCCAGCAGAUCAGAGGCCAAAUUCCUGAAAAUGAAAGCCUGGUCGAAAUCUCGGAUUAGACAAUUGGAGGAGGAGCUGAAGAAAAGCCAGGCUGGAGUUGCCCUCCCAGACCUGACUGCCCUGCAGAGUCGUAUCACAGCACUGGAGGAGGAGAGGGAGGAAAAUCUAUGGAAAUUAGAGCAAUUUGAGGAGCUCAAAGCAAAGAACGAAAUGCUGGAGGCUAAGCUGGUGGUAUAUGAGGAGCAACAGAGGACACUACAGGCAGACCUAGAGCAGUUCACCAAGAGGGCUGCCUCUCAGGCAAGUGAGUCCGGCAGUGCUGAUGACACCCAGAGCCAGGUGCUAGAGUGGCAGGAGAUGGUAGCUGAUGCAGUGAGCGCCAGGGACCGCGCCAAGGAGGAGAAGGCUGCCAUGGCCCUCCGCAUCAGCCACAUGGAGGAGGAAAGAGAGGCACUGGCCACUCGGCAGCAGGAGUUGGAGGAGGAGCUGGCUCAAGCUCAGGGGCUCGGUCACCACAGGGCCAAGAAGCUGGCAGCUCCAGCCCAGCGAAGCCUGCAGGAGGACUUUGAAUUUGAUGGGCAGACCUCAUUCCAGAACCCACGGAGCGCCUCUGAGAGCACAACCCCGAUGGAGGGAGAGAAUAUGGGAGGUUGGUGGCCAGAGUACAGUACUCCUGAUACAGAUGGAUUGCGGUCUGUUGUAGAGGAGCUGGAGCUGGAGAGGAACCAACUGCAGGAGCAGAUCCUGAGCCUAGAGGAACGCUGUCAGGAUCUGGAGGAUCGACUGCAGCUGCAGGCCCGCAUAGAGGCAUUGCAGAAUGAGUCAGACAAACUACAGAGCCAACUUGCCAGCGUCCGAAGUCAACAGAGCAGAGAUGCAGAGAAGCAUCAGCUGCUUGUUAGCAGUCUCAAUGAACAGCUCAAAGGGUUGAGUAACACACAAGAAUGCCUGGAAAGCUCACUCAUUGAAAAGGAGAAUACAUUGGCCAAGACGUCUGAGAAACUUGAGCUCAUCAGCAGCCUCAGAGAAUCCCUGAGUGAAAAAGAAAUUCAGUACAAAGAGGUGUCUGAUAAGCUCCUUCAGACUGAACACACUCUUGAGAAUGUUUCCAAGAAAUUUAGCGGCUCAGAGAAACAGUGCUCUGAGUUGAAAUCAGAAGUUUUUGACCUCACACAGAAGCUGAAUGUGCUGAAGGACAAGGCACAAAAGCAGGAAGUCACCAUAGAAACUUUACAAACUGAGCUGGAUCAGACAAACGAGGAGCUGGACAAAUUAAAUUCUGCCCACCUGGAAGAACGAGCCCAACUCAUCCAUGACCUUCAAAGCUGCGAGCGGGAAAUUGAUAGACUUAAAGAUGUACUGUUGGAAAAGGAAGAGGAGAUUUCAAACUUAUCUGGUAACAUGGCAGAGUAUGCAGAGCAGGUCACAGUACUGAAGCACGAGAUUAAACUCAAAGAAGAGAACCUGGUUCAUGUAGAAAAUGAACUGAGUAAGGCAGAGCGGGAGGCCAAGGUUAUCAGAGACUCCCAGACUUCAGACCAGCAAGCCCUGGAUAGGAAGAUCACAGAGCUGGUCGAGAAACUCAAGGAUACAGAGAUGGAGUUGGUCAAAACCAAAGAGGAAAGAGAGUCUAAAGGGGCUGAGUUGGAACAUCUGAUAAAGCAGGCUGAAGAGGACAAGAAAACCAUUCAGGACCUGCGGGGGGAGAUUCAGAAACAGAUUAUGAGCCAUCAUAAUCAUCUUUCCGAAUGUGAAACACAUGUCACUUCACUAAAGGAACACCUGAUGUUAUCCACCCAAAAGCUGCAGGAGUCAGAAGAACUUCUUUUACAGCUCAAGGACAAAAAUACCAGCAAUGAGCAGCUACAGCAACAGCUCAGUGAUAAAGAACAGCUGUAUGAAAAACAACUAAAAUCAUUCAAGGAUGAACAGAACAAACUCUUGGCACAGGUGGAAAAAUACAGUAAUGAAAGGCAGACAUUGUCCAAACAAUUAGAAGAGCAAGUACGGAGUGAGGAGCACAUCAAAAAGGAGAUACAAGAGAAACUGGAAACCAUAGCAUCACUGGAAAACCAACUUAAGGCAACUGAUAAACAGGCCAAAGAUGAGAGGCAGAAAUUCAUCACUGAAUUGCAAGUCAGGCAUUCAGAAAAUGAGAAAUUAAGCAGUGAACUUCAAAGUAAAUCUGAAAAUAUCUCCAAACUCAAGAAUCUAUUAAAAAGCAUGAAGACAGAGAAAAAACAGCUGCAAGAAAAACACAAAGAGCUGACAGAGGAACUUGAGCUACAGAAGCAGAAUGUUGAUAAACUUAGUAAAAAGGUUACAUCUGCUCUUGAACUCAACCACAGUCUUGAGAAUCAAGUAGACUGCCUCACAAAAGAGAAAGAGAGACUUGAACUGGAAGCAACUAAAAGCGCAAGAAAUAUUGCAGAACUUACAUUUGAAAAAGAUUCCUUGCAAGCCAAAAUAUCCAUAUUGGAAAAGCAGCAUUCACAAAACAACAACAUCAUUGAAGGGCUCCAAAGAGAUAAAGAGAAUUUGACUCUUCAAACUAAUGAGUUAAAUAAAGUUCUUGAGCAAAGCACUCAUUCAAACUCAGAAAUUUUACUGACAAAAACAAAUGAAUGUAGUAAUCUCAGCCAGUUACUACGAGAGAGGGAGGAGAAGGUGACACAACUGCAGGAACAAGUGCAAAGCUUGACUUCUAAGGUAGACCAGUUCCAGCAUGACAUGGCAGAAAAAGAACAGACUGUCAGUGAUCAUCGAACACAGAUAGAGGCCCAAACAAUACAGCUAACGCAACUUCAGGAGACGCUGUCUCUGCUGCGAGAACAGGAAUGCAGUCUCAAGUCUGGCUUACUGGAGAAGGAUACAAUGUUGAAAGAGAAGCAGGAAGAGUACCACAGUUUGCAGAACGAAGUGACACACCAGAAAAAUAUUGUAUCCAAGCUACAAGCAGAAGCUGAAUCACUUAGUAAAGAACACUCACAACUAUGCCAGCAAAUUGAGGAGAGAGAAGAAAUAUUGAAACAUAUGACCCAACAGUGUCAGAAACACAAAGAAGAAUUGAAUGAUACAAACCAGACUGUUAUGUCUCUCAGUGAGCAAAUCCGUGUCAUGGAAGAAAAUGCCAGAAAGUUUGAGUCUGAAGCAGAGCUGAGGCAAACAGAGCUGGCUAGCUUAAACAGCCACAUCAAGAUAAUGACUGAGGAACACCAGCAACUCCGUGCUGCUUGUGGAUCCAGAGAAAAGGAGCUUGCUCAGCAAACGCAGGUUCUAUCUGAACUUAAUGGAAAGCUUAAAGCAACUCAAGAACAGAACUCAAGUUUUAGCAUGAAGAUUAGCAGUCUAACAGAAAACAAUCAGAGACUGCAAGAGGAGUUAACACAGAACAGCCAAUCAGUUUCUGAACUAACCACUGAGAGGAGUUUACUCCAAGAACACAAUUCUGGCCUUGAAAUUCAAAUCUCAGAGGAUCGGUUAACGAUUGACAGUCUGUUGAAGGAAAAGGAGAAGCUCAUUAUCGCAGAAGAUGAAUUAAAAAAGAUGCUCAAGGAAAGCAAGCAGUCACUUUCUGAAGGUUUGCUUGAGAAAACAAGUGAAUGUACUAAUCUGUUUAAAAUGUUAAGGGAGAGAGAAGAACAAAUUCAAAGUCUACAGGAGCAGGUUGACGGCUUCGAAAAGCAAGUUAGUCAACUCAAUGCGUUGUUGAAUGAGAAAGGACAAACAGUCUCACAGCAGAGUUCACAGUUGGAAGCUCAGCAGAACCAACUCCUGCAACUUCAGGAUACUGUAUCUAUGCUUCAGGAACAAGGAUCCGUCCUCAAGUCAGGGCUAAUGGAGAAAGACACAAUGGUUAAGCAGAGAGCAGAAGAGUGUAGCCUUUACCAAGAAGAAGUUGUGCAACAAAAAGCCCUCGUAUCACAGAUGCAGGGUGAGAUAGAGUCACUCAGAAAAGAGUGCUUGGAGGCAAAACAGCAGAUAGAACAAAAAGAACAGACAUUGAAAGAAGUAACAAACGAGUUUCAAAACCACAAAGAGGAGCUGAAUAAACGGAAUGAGUCAGUGCUCUCACUUAGUACUCAGCUUGGUGCCAUGAGCAAAAACGCUGCAGAGACGGAGGUUGAAAUUACCAACCUUAAGUCCGCUGUGCAAAAACUCACUGCAGAACAUUGUCAGCUGUCACAGAAGGAGGACCAGAGGAAAGCAGAGAUCACUGAUUUUCAAGAUAACAUUCAAGCACUGAAUGAGCAGAAUACAAGAAUAAAAUCUGAACUUCAAAAAACUGUGACAGAGCUGACCAAAGCACAAGAAGAGGUCACACACCUUCAAACAGCAGUCUCUGAUGGGGAAAACAAACUUAAAACUGCUGUCUCAGAGAAUGAGAGGCUUACUUUGACUGUGCGAGGAAAAGAUGAGUCUCUGAAACAGCAGGAGAAUUUAAUCCAGCAACUCAAUGGCAGGAUUACUGACCAGGAGAUGCAGCUGAAACAGAAAGCAAAUGACAAUGAUAGUUUAAGUGCAAAAAUUUCAGAGCUUGAAGAUUCUGUCUGUAAACUCAGAGUGCAAGUUAACAGUCUUUCUUCUGAGUCAUCCAUGCUGAAAAAUGCUUUAGAGAAAAAGGAACAGUCAAGUCUUGAAUUUCAAAGUCAUUCUUCAGCUGCUGUUGAAAGUCUCAAUUCAAAUCUACAAGCCAAAGAGGCUGAGUGUGAGAGCUUAAAAGAACAGACUUCACACCUUGAAGAAUCAGUCAGAAAGCUCAACAGCACCCUCCAAGUGCAGAUAUCUGAGGUGGAAUGUUUGAAAAAGGCUUUGGAAGAAAAAGAGUUAACUCUUUCAGACCAAUCAAAGUCUCUUCAGGAAAUUCAGAGAAGAGCAGAUGAGGCUUUGCUCUUCAAAACUCAGUUCAUGGAGAGCACAGAGUUGGUGUCACAGCUACAGAGUCAUAUUCAGGUACUGUCUACUGAGUCUGGAAACCUCAAAAAGUCAGCAGAGGAAACAAAAGGUGCCCUGAACAUCCUACAAGAGAAAUAUGCAGCUAACUUAGAGGAGCUACAAGAUGUGAGACAGCAGUUGUCCAAAAGAACUGGUGAAGUGUCCAGCCUUCAGAAGUCACUGGAAGACAUCAAUAAUGAACAUCAGGUGGCAAAGACCAUGAUAGAAACACUGAGAAAUGAAUUGUCUGCAUUCCAUCACAAACUUGAGAAGACAGAGGACCUCAACUCCAGUCUUUCAAAGGAAAAGGACGAAGCUUUUGCUUCUCAUCAAGCAAGUGUGUCACUGCUUACUGUUGAAAUAGAAAGACUCAAAUCACAGCAUCUUCAAGUUGUGGCACAGAUGGAUGCACUGACAGAAAACCUUGAACAGAGAGAAAUGGCUCUCCACGCAAUUAACAGCCAGUACACAUCCCAGGCCAAACACACAGCCCAGCUGGUUUCAGAAAUGCAGAAACUAGAGCAGCAAAAUAAGAGACUAAUUGAGGAGGUUAGUUUGUCAAAGGAAGAGCACCAGAAGCUUCUUUCUGUGCUCAGUAAUGAAAACACACAUUUACAAGAGGAAGUUAGAAAACAUCUUGCAGAGAGGGAAGAGCUUGAAAGGAAGCAUCAUCAAAUAUGGGCAUCGCAGGGGGAGCUGCAGGUUCAAAUGGAGCAGCAGUCCAGCAGCAUGAAUGAAAUAAUGGAGAAAAUGAUGUCGGAGAAGGAGGGCCUUCAAGCAAAGGAGGUGAGGCGGAAUAUGGAUGAACUACAGCAAACCGUAAAGACGAUGCAAACUUACAGAAUACCACCUGAAAAUGAAAUCAGCAGCUACAAGGAAGAAACAACAGAUCUGAGGUCUAACACAGAGAGGACGGACACACUGCCAGUUGCGGAACCAGUUGUGUUGGCAGGUCAGAGUGGAAUGGACAAGGUGGUGAGUAGGUUGGAGGCAGAGAGGAUCCAGCUCCACAGAGAUCUGCAGCGCUGUAUGUAUGAGAUCCAACAACGAGACCACUACUUCCAGCAACUCAACCUGAAGCUCCAGCAGGCAGUAGAGGAGAAAGGUGCUGUUGCAGAUCAGCUGAGGGCUGUUUCCCAAUCCCUGAGGGACACCCAGAGUCGCUGCCACUGGCUGGAAAACCAAGUCCAAGGCCAGACUCAGGGGCUAGUAUGUGCUGAGGUUGCACCUGGAGCCCCACAGGAGAGGAGCAACAAUUCCAUGACUGCUGAAACUGCUGAAGCCUGUCAGCUCAGAGAAAGGCUGCUUGAGUUGGAGCAGAGUCUGACAGAUGAGAGAGCGAGAAGAGAGACAGCUGAGGAGGCUCUUCGUCUCGCUGAGGACAGAGCAAAGAGUGUUGGUUCCAGUGUAUCUAGAGACAGUCAGAGGGACUUCAGUAUCGACAUGGAGACAGAAGAGGAGUGGGACGCUCUCAGUCUCAACCCAAACCAGCCUCUAGUAACACGAAAGGUGAAAGGUGGCAUGGUGGUGUGUCGACGGUGGCUCAGAGGGAGGAGCCUCUACUUUUCCAGGCUGCUGACGAGCCGCGCCCGCUCUAGAUAUUUCUUUUUGGCCUACUUGCUCACAAUACACGUGCUUGUCCUCAUGUGCCUCACUGGUGCCCUGUAGCCAGGUCACACUGGGAAAUUACACAAAUUGGUUCAAGGUGAAAACUGAAAGCUGAAGUCAAGUUUUUUUUUUGUUUGUUUGUUUUUUAGCUAACAGCAUUUUAAUAUCCUCUCUUUAUUGUAAAGCAUUGUCAAACACUAAAAGUGGCACACUUAAGCAGUUGGAGAGGCUCUCCAUACUCUUGUCAGAUCACACCUGUGCUCUCUCAUGUUGCCAGGAUAAUAUGAUGAUGUUUAGGUUACCUGCUCAAUACAUGAUAGUGCAGUUUGCAGUUAGAUGGAUCUGAACUGCAGCAAGGCAGUUGACUACAUUUUAAAAGAUUUCAGAUUAAAUUCUCCACAAAAUAUAAUUUAAUGUAAUCUUCAUUUAUUUGUAGUUAUUUUUUGUAAGACUGAACACAGUGAGUUUCUGUUAAACAACUAUUUUUUUUUCUUUCUCUAAACCAAGCCUUAAAGUAUGUGUGUGUGUGUUAGUGUGUUUGCGUGCGCGUGCGCGUGCGUGCGCACGUGCGCACGUGUUGGGGGUACCUACAGUUUGUUCUUUUUAAAUCCUGAUUAGAAAUGAGUUUAAAAAAAAUUAAUCUUUAAUACAAAUCCUUAAACUGAUGGAGUAGAAAAAGAAUGACUUGAAGUUCAAUGUAACCCUCUAAUGUAAAAGCAUAAGAAGGUGCAGAAAGCCAUAUACAUUCUUAACACUAUAGUGUAAACCUUGUUUUAUAAUCUUAUCACCUCUCCACCUUGUUUCCCUUCCUGAGCUGGAAACAAACAUGCAAACAUCCCAUCAGUGACCGCAGUGCAUCCCAAUCACAAAUGUCUGCACCAGCUGCUGCUUUCUUUUGCCUGCCUGGUUUCAUACCUUGCACAUAAUCGUGAUGCUGAGUUAAAACUAUGCACUGAAGCUCCAAAUGUGUAUAUAAUCAUCUUAUAUAAGCUCAGAAGCACUACACCUCUCCCACCCUGUUCCCUUUAAACUGCAAAGCCAAUGGUGUCUGUAUCCUUACCUUGGCAGUUUGAAUUAAGUGCUCUCAUGCCUGUUAAAGAUAGUGGGAGACAGUGGUUUCCAUAUAUCUUUAAAUUUACUUUGGUAUCAUGGUAUACCAGUGAAAAUGUACUGCAAAAACAAAGCAGAUGAUAAGAAAGUACAUACUGUGUGUAGUAAAGGUUUAUUGUAUUUAUGUUUGCAUUUUCAGAGAGUAUGCUGUACAGUAUCUGUAAUGGACUGUAUGUAUGUAUAUAUGCAUUUCUAUCGUCCCUGCCUGAUCUUUGAUGACUGCAUUUCUUCUUGAUUGUUUAGUCUGAAAAUGUGAUUGAUAAAAAAGAAGGUGUAAAAACACGAUCUGCAAUCCUGUCUCCAGAUGUUUUCUGGCUUGUCAUCAGAUUUUGUAGAAAUGCACAGUUACUGAGGAGUUUGUGGUACAUUGUCCUGAUGAUCUGUACAUAAAGCUGUGAUUGAUGGACAAAACAAUGAACUGAAUCUAUUUAUGAAAAAGGUUAACUACUGAAAAAUGUUCAGAUGGCAUAUUUUCUCUACUGCCUCUAUUUUUAAGAGAUAGCGAUGCUGUUGGCCUUUUGGUGACUUUAGGCUUAACUUGGUGCAAUACUGUGUCAGAGGUGAACUUUGUCAGAUCACCCUAAACCAUCUCGAAAGAAGUUUAAUAAAGCCUAUUGAACUUA